CACUCAAUGCAAGAACUUGACACUUCUAUAAGCCAUCUUCAUCAACAUGGCAUGUUUUAUUAGCACUUUCGUCUUUUGUUUCUCUGCGUUUUUAAUGCAGACGCAGGGCACUUAUGGCCCUUACGGACGGAACCAGUACCAGAAUCAACUGUAUGCGGACACAUUUCCAGUUCACCGGCAGGGAUCGCAUUUCACCCCCAGACAGGGCAACUCCAUCAACUUUGGAGCUCAUGGCUUUAAUCACAGGUUUUACGACUAUCAUCAUCAUCACUACCCUCAUCAUCAUCAUCAUCGCCGACCGCCCUGGAAGGGGCCUCCCUUUAACAACCACUGUCCUGUCUUAUCUGUCCGACCCGUCUUACCUGUCCAACCUGUUGUGCCCACACCACCCAGAAUUCUAGUGGUGUCACCUGCCCCAACAGUGCCCAUGCCACUCACUACGGUAGCCACCCUACCCCCACCACCUCCAACACAGACUUCAACCAGUCCAAAGCCAGUCAGUACCCCCAGUGGCACAAGUGUCCCUGCUGAACCUCCCACUGAUCCAGCUCCUGCACAGCUUUGCAAGAGCCGCCCGCUGGACUUGGUCUUUAUCAUCGACAGUUCUCGUAGCGUUCGUCCUGCAGAGUUUGAGAAGGUCAAAAUCUUCCUCUCUGAAAUGGUCGACUCUCUCGAGAUCGGAUCAGAUGCCACACGAGUCGCCUUGGUCAACUACGCCAGCACUGUCAACAUUGAGUUCCUCCUGAAAAAGUACUUCAGCAAGGCUGAGGUCAAGCAGGCCUUCUCUCGUACUGAUCCGCUGUCAACGGGAACCAUGACUGGCCUGGCCAUCAAAACCACCAUUGAGCAGGUUUUUACAGAGGAUGCAGGAGCCCGGCCACAAAAAAAGAACAUCUCAAAGGUGGCCAUCAUUGUGACCGAUGGAAGGCCGCAGGAUAAAGUUGAUGAGGUGGCAGCAGCAGCAAGGGCUUCUGGGAUUGAAAUAUACGCCAUUGGCGUGGACAGAGCAGACAUGCGGUCUCUUAAACUGAUGGCCAGUCAGCCUCUGGAUGAGCAUGUGUUCUAUGUGGAGACAUACGGCGUAAUCGAGAAACUCGCAUCCAAGUUCAGGGAGACACUCUGUGGUUUCGACUCUUGUGCGAUUGGGCACAACUGCGAACAUAUUUGUGUCAACAACAAUGCUUCUUAUUACUGCAAGUGCAGGGAGGGAUAUUUCCUCAACUCCGACAAGAAAACAUGCUCUAAGCAGUCCAACGAAGAGGCAAGAGGAAAUCUGUCUGAGAAUGCCUGCAUGUGUGAGGCUCAGAUCGCAUUUCAGAAGAGGGUUCACAACAGCAUUCAGGAGCUCAACAGCAGACUAGAUGACAUCACUAACAGAGUGCAGCAGUUUGAUCUUCGCCGGGUCUAGAGUGGAGGAUGGGACUUCUAACUGCCUACUCAAGAGAUAUAUAUAUAUAAAACAUAUUUAAUCUUUCUUAAUCUACCUGCAAUGUAUUCAGAGCAUUUGUCAUCAGCAGCCUUGUGACACUCGCCUUUUUGGUAAUUUAAUCUGUUAACUACAUCUUAUUUUUGCAGUAUAUUGCGCUUACAAUUGUAUUGGAUUGCAUUAUGUACUGUUUUUGAUUUAUCAACAAAUAUAUAUAAUUGACUUCGUUGACACUUGCACUCUCAUUAACUCUAUUUCAGAUUUAGUGUGACCUUUUAGUUAUGAAUUUUAAAGGUGAAGACCAUGAAAACAGUGUUUGUGUUAACUGUUUUGCUGAGCUAAUAUCCUUUUAUGUUGGGGGAAAAAAU